AUCAUCAACUCCGCUUAGAAGCCCAAGCAUCUGCUUUGCUAGGUUUCCGAUAGGUGACAUACCCAUGUGCUGUUGGCGGGUGUACAAGAAUGCUUCACCCUGCACACAUGUGCGCUACCAUGACGAGGUCAUCAGAAGAACAAAGCAGCUUAAGGCUUCCUCAUUUAUAACUGGUGAUGGCUUGAAAAGAGAUACAGAGGCGUUCUACAUCCUGUUAUAUUCUUGGCUUACCUAUAACCUGCUACUCAUGGUGCUAUCGGGACAGGAAACGUCGUUGUAGGCGUUCUUAGAGGAUUGUAUGGUGUUAGGUAUCCGGCCAGUAUUGCGCACGUUUAGAACCAGCAGCAACAGACGUAUCUUGAUAUGUGCGUUUCACCACAACAUCUGGAUUCAAAGCUUCUGCGCUGCGUAGAUCAUGCGGGAAAGACACAAUGUAGGAGACAUUAUUUUUCUAUAACGACUUCGUUUGGUAUCUAAGGUUGGCUGACGAUGGUCCAUGAACACGCAACCUCUUUCCGUA